GGGGUCGCAAAGUAAGAAAACGACGAGGAUAUUUAUAGCCUGACUUGUGAAUUGUAAUAUAGGGUGAAAAUCUCGUGCAACUGCCGCCCUCUGCCUCGAUGCCCAUGUUUCCGACGCUCCCGUCUCGUGUCCGGACGCCCAUACCUGCUUCCCUUUAAUUCACCGACCACACGCAACGCGAGACGCAGUAGGCGAGACACCGGCAUCGGCGAUAAAGAAUGAAGGUGUGCAUAGUGUUGCUCGGCAUUUGGGUGCUAGCUACCGCAAAUGCAAGAAGCCAGGAGAUUGGCUGGGAGGCUCGCUCUCCGAACAGUGCCUACUACGACCGGCACAUGGAGGACCUUCUGCACCACAAGCUGGAGAAGUUCAGAUCCGUGAUGCUCACCGGCUACCCUAGCCUGGGAAUAUCCGCCAUGGACCCGCUCAACAUUCCUCCCACGGACAUGUCUUCCAUCUUCGGAGGAGACGCGUUUCGCUUUCAGCUGCUCCACAUUCAGAUCCGGAACCUCUCCACGUUCGAAAUCACCAACCUCAGGGCGGACACUGAAAACCUGAAGGUUCACCUGACGUUCCAAGUUCCAAAGGUUUCCGGAAGGAUGCAGUACUCCGUGGCUGGAUCUCUCUACGAGGCCUUCCCCCUUCAAGGAAGCGGUCGUUGCGACGUCGUCUAUUAUGACGUCAUGGUCACCACCGCAGCGCGGCUCCGGGAAGCCAACGGGAAAUUCCAGUUCACAAAGUUCGAAGAUUCCAGCGUUGACUAUGCAUCUGAAGAAGUGUUGGUACAGCAGGGACCUCCAGUGGGAGCCGGCGGUGGCCUUGGCUCCCAGGUUGGCCGGGUCCUCUUCUGGACGCUGUCCAAGCAGGCCGCGAGGACGCUACCGCCGAGCUUGCUGCGGUUCCUGAACGACGCCCUCGAGCGCGCUCCAAGACCAGGCGCCCGCAAACUAUCGCUGUGAAACAUUCUGCUCGGUCCCAACGGUGGUCCGCAAGCCGGCACGACGUCCAUCGCCGAACGUCAAAGUGUGUUUUUGUGCAGAUUUUGUAUCGGUAGGCUUACUCGCUGCGCUGUUAGCACGCCAACUGCAGCGGCUAGAAUUCUAGAGGCGGGCAAUUAAGAUGAAGCCAAGCACCACAUUCCGACUACUAACAUUUUUUUUUAAUCUAAGCUCAUCAGCCAUUCAUUGAAGACAAAACGGUCACAGCAAGAUGUAGAUUUGAAGUGAACAACAGGCAGACGAACAAUGGAAGCCUCAGCUUGGAGACAAGGGAACUUGCAUCCAUCAGGCAGAAGUCAGCCAAAGUCAGC